CCUACAGCAAACGGGACAUUUGGAUAGCUUCAAGAGCUGCAGCUGGCAACGAGCAUCUUCAUUUAUCCGCUUUAGCUCUUCUUAGCUUCGAUAUUAUCUUCUAUUGGUGGACAAACAGCCGUGUUCAAAGCUGACCUGACCAUGGGCUUCAACCCCACCACCACUAUUUUGCUUAUUGCUUUCUUACUCGUCGUCUUGCCGGCGAGGGUAGAAGCAUUUGGAGCUGGAAAUAUUGCUUCUGUUUCGGCCGUCGAAGGCAAGAACUGGCGCCAUGGAGAUAUCGAAGAUGUCAUCAAGACCCUUGCGUUCAUCAAGGGCCAUAAAUGGACCGCCAAUAUGGUAAAGAGAGUCUAUUUUGGUAACUGGUUACGAGAUUACUCGCAAGCUGUUGAUGUUGGGACUCUGAAAAAUGUCCCCGCUGACAGUGUCCGUGUCCUUGUGUGGGUCCUGUCUUUUAUGACUUUUGGAUAUGCUACGGCAGAGUUUGAAGUUACCUCUGAGAGGCUUGGAGUGUAUCGACCAGAAGAGCACAUUGAUAAUCCAAAGGGAUACGCAGACGAUAAGGAUGCAAGACAGUAUGACCCACGUUUACGUGGUCCUGUCCAGCGAGUCGAGCUUGAAAUCGACCCUGAAACUGGCAUGAAAAACUACAUUGCGAAUGAACGAGGCAACUGGGCAACGAGUGCCGGCUAUGUCAAGUACAGCUUCUCCCGUAGCAUCCACUUUGCCCGACAGUACAUCAAUGGAGGCCACCUGCGCAAGGGUAAAGAUGAGGACCUAUACGAAGCCCUGCGCUGUCUGGGUCAAGGCUUGCAUACUCUCGAGGACUUUGGUGCUCAUACGAAUUACUGUGAGCUAGUUUUGCGAGAGAUGGGCAUGCUUAAUGUUUUCCCUCACACGGGAACGAACACGAUGAUGAACAUCAAAGGGAAACACGUCUUCCCACUAGUAACAGGCACUUUUGGAAUGGUGGAUUUCCUCCACUCAGUGCUAGGAGAAGCAUCUGACCAUGUUACGCAAUCUGAGAUCAGCGAGUUGGACACUACGCUUGAAAAUGCGGAGGUGGGCGGUGCUACGACAGGCUCAGUGAACGCCCUGACAAGCUUGCUGUCCAAAGUCCCUGGCAUGGGUGAUUUGAUUGCUGAAGCCGAGAAGCUUAAGGCUAGCUCUCAAGCCCAGGCUCAGGCAAACAGCAAUGCUGGCUACGGAUACGGUGCCUCUAGAGGUGUCGACGACGGACAGGCACAGGCGUAUGGUGCAGCGGGCGGAUAUGAUCAGACAACUCGGGCUGGGCCAGGGGGAUUGCCAAGUGUCGACCCACAGAAGGUUAUUUCCCAGAUAUAUCCGAUCCUUGUCUUCAGAGACAAUGUCGUGAGAAGAAUCUCUUCCGUCGUAUCGAAGAUCCCCGGCCUCGAGUCCCUUGUCGAAAAGAUUACUGAUACGCUCAGCGUGUUUAUAUUCUCGUUGCUGUCUCCCUUCGUCAGACCUCUUAUCAAAGUAGCAACCUCACAGCUGCAAACUGGGUCAUCUGGGGUCAUUAACACCUCCGAGCAGCAUCAGUAUGAGCCAUGGACGGAUCCAAACUGCACUGAUCCAACUCACUCCCUGCUUUCAAAAGAUCACUUUUCCAACAUCCUUAAUGAGCCGGCCGGACACGUGGCGGCCGCCAUUCUCAAAUAUGUAGUGCCUCGAGUGUUAUACGCAUGGCAGCAUGUCGAUAUCCCAGUCGAGGAUGUCCUCGCAGAUUGCCUGAGGGUAUUUCAUCACCCAGCGCUUCGAGACAUGAACAACGAAGCUCAUCGGACGAUGUUUGAGGCUGUACAGAACUGGGCUCGCUCGAGACGUGACGGUGGUGCUAGCCUAGAUACGGUCUUGAACGCACAGAGCGUAAGAGAAGGCAAAAACCAUACUGGCGGCAACCCCCAUCUGCAAGGGGGCGGUCACGGACAUGGAUCUGGGCACGGAUAUGGUCAACAGCCAAUGCAUGGAGCGGCCCAUGGCUAUCAGCCGCCCUAUCAACAGCAACAGCAACAUCAAAGUUACAACUCACCUCAAUAUGGCCAGCAGUCGUAUCCUCAUCAAGGUGGUGGCGGCGGUUCCCAUCAUAGCAGUAAUCCACUAUCAAACAUACCAGGCCUGUCGGCCCUGGCAGGCCUUACCGGCAACUCUUCACACCAGGGGUCAGGCUACUCGAACGCAGGGUCAGCAGCAUCAUCUAUUCCAUGGGAUAAACUGUCUCAUCUGCCCAUCCCAGGCGCAUCCAAUUUAGGCAAAAUAGGAGGUUUCUUGUCGGGAUCAGGGGGCCGAACAAGAGAGUUAGGUGAUGAGACCAGCAGGGGUAUCGCACCAGAAGAACAUCCAGCAUCACGAAGUACAACACCUCAACCUGAGAUGCCACCACCCGCUGGCUACGAGCACUAUCACCAGCAGAGAGAAGGUAACCCUAUAUAUGAACCACCGAGCGAAGGUGCCCACACAUAUGAUUACUACUAUGGUCCAGGCCACAACAGCGGCUACGGUCACUCGCAUCAGUACUAGUCAAAAAGCUGAUAUGAGACAGCCCCUCACAAAGAGAAAGCUUGCAUGUACUUAGCUCGAUAAACUCGCUAACACUUCAGAUUUCGUCCGAAACCAGACGGAAACCGUUGCCCGAGUUGGACGGCGGAAAGUAGAGGACCCCAUAAGAAAACGACCAGCCUCUGAGGCUGAAGGGGGUUGAUGCCCAGUCUGAUGUAACAACAGCCAAACUUCCCCAGACAAAGCUAAGCUGCCAAUCAUGGUGUACACAUCCAAUUGAAAUGAGCAGGGAUUUGACGUUGCACUACUGCGUGAAAGGAAUAUAAUUCAACUUGCAUGGUCUGUACUCUCUGCCUUCAUUGUGUCCCGGUCCCGAAUCUCCCUUAGCGAGAGCGCUAGAGGUCUUCCCACAGGCUGGUUGGUUAAGCAGCUAAGUAACUGGUUAACUCGUCAGGGAGUUAUCGCGCUUUAGGCUGUGGGGCCGAGGAUAGGAUUCUUCUACUCGAAUCGUUUCAUCGUGAAGGAAGUUACUUCUUUUCAACUACUGGAUUUUAAUAAUGCGUCUCACACCUGAUGCUCCCUUCAAUCACGAUUCCGCUCCCAGAGAGGAGCUGUGAAACCCUCGGCUUGUUGCAACGUCUGGUCUAGUCAACCAUUUAGCGUCUUGCAUGGGGCGUGCAUGGACUCUUCUAACGGCUAUGUCUCGAGGAAGAGCUCCCCGAUGCCCCUGGGUGGUGUACUUUUUGCUUCCGUAGUUUUUCUCUUGAAGGAUCA